AUGGCCGAUUUUGUCUCAUUGGGUGUCCAUCGCCCUUCUGCUUUGCCUUACUUGAUCUCUGAGUCUGUCUUGCCUGAAAAUCACACCUCAAAGGACUACGUCUGGAAAGUCUACCCUGGUCCUUCAGACGAUUCCGAGCAUGAGGUCCUAUACACAUCAAACUGUGUAGUUUGGUCGCAAGACGGUCAUGUGCGGAAAGUCUUCAACUUCGACUCAGCAAAGCAACCUGUCAGUCAUGCCUUGAUAACUCGAUUUCGCAAUGACCCUCUCUCCAAGACUGCCUCCACUGCCUCCAAGUCUGCAAACCAUGUCAUCUCUUACGCCUCAAACACCUACGCCUCCAGGUGGGGUACAAAGCCUCAGCGUGAUCCCAGGAAUCUGUUAACGUUGAGCACUGGCGACUCACACGGCUUCAAUCGCGCUUUGGUCAUUAUCUUGAAGUCUGAGAUGCACAUCCAUUAUCUCUCUGGCUCAAAUUAUGUACUUAACAUCCCGUUUGACGUCGAGAAAGCCUUUCCUGCCAUCGACGGUCUUGUAGUACAGAGGAAGGCUACAACCAUCACUAAGGAGCCUCCUACUCCCACGAUCCCUGCCCCACCUCCGAACUCAUUCACCUCUUCUCAGCCAUACUUAUUCUCUCAGCCACGGUCUCCCGAGUUGAGAGCUAAUCGUUACCGUCCAAGCGUUCUGCCUCCAAGCCCGUCGACUCACUUCAAUCUGGAUGCUUUAUAUCAGGAUCUUACCAAAGGUCCAGAAACGCAUACGACGGAUGACUUGCCUCGCUUCUACUCACUAGAAAAUCCCCUGUCGGAUUUAGCGCCUGUGUCGCAUGCCAGUGUUUGCCGCCAACCUCGAUUUCCUCGUCCUGGAGCUCCCAGUGGUCCCAUCGUCGAAUAUGACAUGCUUGAUCCUGCAGAAGAGCUUGUAUACGUGUCGGCCCAAGACGAGCUUGCUGAGACUGCAGGACACGACGAUGCUCCUCUCUCCCUACUGGUCACUGUGAACAGAGAGUUAGGUCAAAUCACGGUGUGGCAAGCAUGGUACUUGCAACCUCCCAAGCUCUCCGACUUACUAUCACAACGCGCGGCACACCAAGCAGCUAAGGCUAAACGUCCUAGCUCUGUCAUGACUAGCCGUACAGCUGGUGCAUCCACUCCUGCUUUGAAGCCACGUGAUCAUCGUGAUAGAGUCCGUGAAAGCUUAGCUGCUUCUACGAGGCUGUCAAUUGCUUCAACCACAAGACCAUCACAGGAUGACGAGGAAGUCAUGGCAUCGCAAAUGGACCCCGAAUACCUGCUUAAGAAGCCUUCUGGUGGUACCAGACGAGUCAGUUCCAUCCUGUCACGUGUUGAUGUUGGCAACUCAGAUCCGUCCAUCAAGCAGACUGCCCUUGGUGCUAGCUUUAGCGGUGCUGGGCGUAGGUAUCCUUCGAUGGGCAGCUUCACAGAUCGUGAACGUCGAAGUUUUGGAGGCAAUCAAAGUCUUCGCAAAAGUCGGGCGUCAACACCAGGAAGCAUCUUCAGCAAGAGCAUCGGACCAGAUGAUGCCACUGAGGUCGAAAGCAGUCGAAUGCAAGACUAUACCGAUGAGUCUGAGAGUGCUGAAAGACUUAUCGGAGCUACUCACAGAUCUGCUGGUACUGAGUCCGUUCUGGGAUCUUCACCGGAUGGACUUCGNAAAGAGCUUGUUAUUCGCAAGCUCGACGUCUUCAUGACUGAUGUAUCAAACUUUGGUUCCAUCGUGAUCGAAGAUCUCAUCAAGGUUUUUCCGCUGGUUCAUCCAUCUCAAUCAGAUCAAAGUAGCAGUCUGAUCUCACUCUACAUACUUGACGCGUCAUCGAAGUCCAUGACAACCGUUAAAUUGCGUGUGCAGAAGAAGAAUGACUCAAAGUCCAGACCAGGCAAAGAUAUACUGGCUCGAUACAUGCCUAUACCAUUUCUGUAUGACCGCAACAUAACACACAACAUUGCCGACAUCACUAAGCUUCAAGAUGGCCGGGUAGCAGCUAUUGCCUAUCUUUCAGCCAAGUCUCAAGAACUUGGAAUAAUACCUGCGCGAGGUAUCCCAUGGUCGCUUCCAAUCUCGCGUCAUACACGCAUCGCACAUCCCUCUAACGUUGCAAGUAUCCUACACUCGGCUGUAGCGGAUAUGCAAAAGUCGAUACCCCUACAGUGGCCUUGCAAAUUGCAAUAUCCUGGGAAACAUGGUAAAAUCACUAUAGUCUCAUCAGAUGGACUUCAGAACCGAUUCCAGAUAAGACUUAGUCCCAGGUCUACGUCCGUGCGACAGAUCUUGGAAAUGUGUCAGUUGGUGCUUCCUGCGAAAGAAGGAGGUUCAAUUGCAGCCAUCUGGUGCAACAUACAUCAUCGAUUCGUGGCUGAUGAGAUACACCUUACUAACGGCCUUGAUGUCGAAUGGGAGGCGAUGAUCAUAACCAUCUUCGCGUUCGCAGCUGGUUCGAUUGGAAGGGCCUUACGGGGUAACCAAAGAAGCAAGUCUGCAGUGGCUGACGGAGCACGACUCGGUACCUACGGAAGUCAACUGCGAUCUCGUAACCUGAAUUCAGACCUUGACAAGCUCGUGUCGCCUGCCUGGAACUGGCUUGAGAGACCUACUAUGAACACGAAACUCAGUACCAUCACACCAAGAUCAAGGCUCCGAACUCCCCGCAGUACGCAUAAGACCAAGAAGCACCCAUUCUCGUUGAUAGAAUACGAAACAAUGGCCCGUCAGUUAUUGCACGACAUCGCUGUAGAUGAAUUGGACUGGCUAGUGUCAUCCGAAGCUGCCAGCUCACGCUAUCUUUGUUGCACCAAGAUCAUGCUUGUGCUAUAUCUCUUCAGAGAAGAGCANAAACUCAAUUCACUUCCAGACGAUACAGAGGGAAUUGUUGCUAGUUCUCUUGGUGCCAUCAUCGCUCAAUUUGGACACUGGCUCUCACUCGAUAUGUGGAGCUAUAGAGCUGGUUCUUACCUUGAGACGGACGAUAAAAUCAGUGACUGGGACUUGUCUUCGUCCAUGAUGAACACGACUGUCAAGGCCGUGAAAAAUACGUGUCCGCUUCCGCAAUCUGUUUUCGCUUGGGCUGAGAAGAAUUUCGUUCAAGAAAUAUCAGAGCAAUUUUUGAGCGCCGAAACAAUAGCUUCUCUAUGGACAGACACACCACCUACCACACCUUUGAGCCUUGCGGGCGAGAUCCUCCCUCGAUUGACGUCCCUACGAUCAUUGGCUGCACGUUUCUCUGCUAUCAAGACUUCACCGAGCGCUCUGGUAGAAACCAUGAGGGACGCGAAACUCGGUUCUGGAGUAUUCGAAACUCUACCUGAGGGCAUACUUGCUCCACUCCGCGAAGCCAUCAACCGUUGUCAGACAGCACCCCCAACAACAUGGUCCUCAAAUCUGCUAGAGUUCGUUUCACGUGAGGAUCUGAUUGGCUUGUCUCAACCAAACAAAGAUGCCAACCGUCCUCCGAGCCGAGGCGGACCGUCUAAUGUGUUGGUACCUCAUGAUGUGCAGACUAUCUACAGUUCUGCUGACCGUGCUCCUCUCACGGCUAAGACUCAUGAAGCAGAAAGACACGCGGUAAUCUCGCUCAUCUUCUCUGAGGAUCGCCGCUUCGUUGAUGCGGCUCAGUUGAUGAACCCUACUGCAGUUCAGGUCGCUGAAUGCCCACCUCAACCCGAGUGGUCCGAAGCCGAGCAUUUGGAACAACAAAAGCGAGUCAUGCAAUGGGUGAUGGUCCGAACACUUGCACUCUCGCCUGGAGAUGGCAUGAUCCAUUUUGAAAGUCAGCGGCCUCUUCUAUCAGAAAAAUUCCAUAUCAAGGGCUUCAGUACAUCAUGUCAGAUGAAGCCGAUGGACAACACCAUCAGCGCGGACCGAAGUGGAUUCACUGAAGAGAAAUUUGCUUGGACUUUCUUCCAUGCUGGUGUUUCUGCAGGACUGAGCAUUUCGCGAAACGCUACGGGUAUCGAUACCUCAUGGAUUGUCUUCAACAAACCGUCAGAACUCAACAACCGCCACGCUGGAUUCCUGCUCGCUCUUGGUAUAAACGGUCAUCUAAGGACCCUUGCUAAAUGGCUUGCAUUCAAGUAUCUGACUCCGAAACACAAUAUGACUUCAAUAGGUCUUCUGCUAGGGUUGUCAGCAUCAUAUCUCGGCACCAUGGAUACACUGCUCACUCGAAUGUUGUCCGUACAUAUCACGAGAAUGCUUCCUCAUGGUGCUGCUGAGCUCAAUGUUUCGCCAAGUACGCAGACAGCUGGGUUGAUGGGUAUUGGCCUAGUUUACUAUGAUACGCAGCAUCGACGAAUGAGUGAAAUCAUGCUCUCCGAGAUCGAACAUCGUGAAAUCGAGGACCCUGGGAGCACAAUGGACCAAUUGCGCGAUGAAUCAUAUCGACUUGCUGCGGGAUUCGCUCUUGGGUACAUUAAUAUCGGUAAAGGUCGUGAUCUGCGUGGACUUCAUGGCAUGAACCUUCUGGAGCGACUGUUGACUGUCGCCGUCGGUCCCCGACCAGUCGAACUUGUUCAUGUUGUUGACAAAGCCACUGCUGGCGCAGUCGUUGCAAUCAUUCUGAUCUACAUGAAGACUGGAGAUCAGUCAGUGGCACGCAAGAUAGACAUACCUGACACCAUAGCACAGCUUGAGCAUUGCCGCCCAGACAUAUUGCUUUUGAGGACUGUUGCAAGUCACCUCAUCAUGUGGGACGAGAUCACUGAUGAGCCCGAUUGGAUCCGCAAGAACCUUCCCAUCGAAUAUGCACACCGCUACUAUGGUCAAGGCUUUACAAGUUCGAUCGAGAUGACAACUCUUCCUCAGCUACGCAGUAAGGACGUACCGGUCUUCAAUAUCCUGACCGGCCUUGCUUGGAGUCUGGCCUUGAGAUUUGCUGGUAGUGGUAACCAAAAGGCCAGAGACCAAGUGAUUGCAAUCUUGAGGGCGUUUAUCGCAGUGUCGAAACAAGAUGCUUUCUUCUACGACGCCAAACUAGCCAGAGCGACCGUUAAGCGUUGCAUCGAUGUUUUGGCGCUUGCCAUGGCCACUAUUAUGGCAGGUACUGGUGACCUUCAGAGCUUCCGGUUCCUGCGUUCACUGCAUGGUCGAGUCGACGCAGAAACAACAUACGGAUCACACCUCGCAGCUCAUCUUGCCAUUGGCACAUUGUUCCUAGGUGGUGGCACGUACACUUUUGGAACUUCCAACUUUGCGAUUGCAUCUCUGCUGUGUGCAUUCUACCCUCUCUUUCCAAGCGAUGUCCUUGAUAAUCGCGUACAUCUGCAAGCUCUCAGACACUUCUGGGUGUUCGCUGCCGAGCCUCGUUGCAUUGUCGUACAAGACAUUGACACCAAACGACCGAUUCACGUCAAGCUUCGCGUCGUGACUCGAGACGGCAGACAGCAACAAAUGACUUCUCCCUGCCUAUUGCCAGAACUGAAUACAAUUUCACGCAUCAGCACAGACGAUCCCACUUACUGGCAAGUCACGCUCGAUUUUGCUGCUAACCCUAAGCAUCUCGCCACCUUCCGUCGCUCGCAAACAGUCUACGUGCGUCGUUGUCCGCCAGGCGAAGCGUCGAACAGUGUUUUCAGUACUACUUUGUCGGCUCUCAUCGACGCUCAAUCCAGCAUAGGCGGUCGCCAGAUGUGGGAGUGGAUUCUGAACCUUCCAGCCUUGAAAAACUUUGACCAGGCAGACUUUGGCGUUGUCCUGCCUUCUGAUCCGCGUAGCGCAACUCACUUGGACGAAAAGUUGACAUCCGUUGAUAGUAGGUUGGCCUUGAGUCGAAGUGUGGAUUCUACUAAAGCGGAUGCGUUGUGGAGUUUGAGAUUACUGUUUGCAUGGGCACAAGAUGCUAUGGAUAAUGGAGAUGGGAGGUUGAGAUGGAUAGGCAAGCAUGUAGUGGACAUGUUGCGGACGAGAGUGGCGGAGAGAACGGACUCUCCGUAG